UUCACGUGGGCUCAGACCAGAAGAAAAAUGAACCAGUCGCUUGUCUCUGAGUUCCUCCUCCUGGGACUCUCCUGGCAGCCCCAGCAGCAGCAGCCCCUCUUCCUGCUCUUCCUCAUCAUGUACCUGGCCACCGUUCUGGGAAACCUGCUCAUCAUCCUGGCCAUCGGCACUGAGUCCCGCCCGCACACCCCCAUGUACUUCCUCUGUAACCUGUCCUUUGUGGAUGUCUGCUUCUCCUCCACCACUGUCCCCAAGGUGCUGGCCAACCACUUACUUGGGAGUCAGGCCAUCUCCGUCUCUGGGUGUCUCACACAGAUGUAUUUUCUCUGUUUGUUUGCCGACAUGGAUAAUUUCCUCUUAGCUGUGAUGGCCUAUGAUCGCUUUGUGGCCAUAUGCCACCCCUUACACUAUACCGCAAAGAUGACUCACCAGCUCUGUAUCCUGCUAGUGACUGGAUCUUGGGUCAUUAUAAACCUGAAUUCUCUUUUGCACACUCUGCUCAUGGCUCGACUCUCAUUCUGUGCAGACAAUGUCAUCCCCCACUUCGUCUGUGAUGUGAGCCCCCUCCUGAAACUGUCGUGCUCAGACACACACCUUAAUGAGAUGAUGAUUCUCACGGUGGGAUCCCUGAUCACAUUUAUCCCAUUUGUCUGCAUCCUGGUCUCCUACAUUCAGAUCACCUGUGCUGUCCUGCGAGUCCCAUCCACAAGGGGAAGAUGGAAAGCCUUCUCCACCUGUGGCUCCCACCUGACUGUGGUCUCCCUCUUCUAUGGCACCAUCAUCGCUGUGUAUUUCAAUCCCUCAUCCUCUCACUCUGCUGAGAAGUCCACAGCAGCUGCUGUGAUAUACACAGUGGUGACCCCCAUGCUGAACCCUUUCAUCUACAGCCUGAGGAACAGGGACUUGAAGAGGGCUCUAUGGAAAGGGUUUCUGAAGAAACACAUUUUCUGUCUGAUAGAAUCCAUACCAAUUCUUGUUUCCAGGAAAUGA